UUGCUUUUUUCGCUAUAAAAUCAAAGUAAAUGUUUACAGUAAUUGUCAGUCGCUUUUAAUUCGUGUAAGACAAAACAGUGAUAACACAAUCUGAAGUAGAGUUACGCUAAAUGUACGGCGAUAAAAUGAAAAGCUUAAAACAAAUUGCUGUUUUAAUUUGCCUAAUACAACUGGGCCAAGCUCAAGUUUUAAAUCGUGGAUCGUGCAACAAGAAUAUACCUACAGUUCAAAAUUUUGAUGCUACUCGGUAUUUGGGCCGUUGGUAUGAACAAGAAAAAUAUCCCUUUAUUUUUGAAUUGGGAGGCAAGUGCAUUUACGCUGAAUAUGGUCAAUUGAAAAAUGGUGAUCUUAGUGUCUACAAUUAUAACAUCAAUGAAUUAACUGGCAGACCAAAUGACAUUUUGGGAAGUGCAAAGCUUGUUGAUUCGGGCAAACUAAAAGUGAGAUUUAACAAUAUGCCUGCAUUUAUUGGUUCAGCUGAUUACUGGGUGUUGGAUACGGACUAUGACAACUAUGCUGUGGUUUACUCAUGCACCGAUGUUUUGGGUUUAUUCAAUGCACAGGUUGUUUGGAUAUUAACUCGCGAACGCAGUCCCAAUCCACAGUACAUUGAAAAGGCGCGCAGUGUAAUCAAACAAAAUGGUCUGUCACUGAAACCCCUACAGAGAACCAAUCAACAGGGAUGCUGAACCAAGUAAUCCGGCUAACAAGAAAUCACACAAAAAACCAAAACGGUUAACAAUGACAAAGUUUAAAAUUUAAUAACAUUGUAACUUGUGUAAUAUCCUGAUAAACAAUAAAAACCCAAUGAAAUUACAA